AAACAAAGGUCACAGCCCCGGAAGUACAUUAGCAAAGGGGCGGGACUACGGAAGCCUGGAUGAGGGGGUUUCAAAACCGGGAAGCAGGAGACACGCAUGCUCACGUUCUUUUUCUGUUUUUAAAUGAAAACUAUUUUAUAAGCACGUAAUAGUGCGAUUUUCUAAAACUGCACGCGCUAAUUAACUCUAUUAAAGUGGUUAUGUUAAGAUAAGGCUUUUUAAAACAUCGCUUAGGAACUCGUUCACCAAGGUCACAGUGGAUGUAGUGGGAGCUAAGCCUUCAGCACAUGCGGUUAUAGUAGAGUUAAAAGCCACACGUUGCAAGGAAUAUGGCUGGACUUAUAAACUUUGAGGAUGAGAAAGAAGUGAAACAGUUUUUGGACAACCUGGCAGUGGAGUACAGCUUCCAGUGCUACAAAGAAAAGAGUCCUGAAGGAUGCCAAAGGCUCGCAGACUACUUGGAAGGGGUGAAGAAAAACUAUGAAUCUGCAGCGCAAGUGCUCAAACACAACUGUGAAACAUAUGGAUAUGGAGAGAGCUGCUAUAAACUUGGAGCUUACCAUGUCACAGGCAAAGGUGGAGUGACUGAGUGUCUGAGAACGGCUGGGUCCCUCUUCAUGCGGGCCUGCAACUCCAACGGGAAGAAAACUAUAGACGCCUGCCACAACGUGGGUCUGUUGGCCCACGAUGGACGAGCUAGCGAAGCGGGACCUGACCUUAAUGUAGCUCGCCACUACUAUGACAAAGCCUGCGACGGAGGCUUCGCUCCUUCCUGCUUUAACCUCAGCGCUAUGUUCAUUGAGGGCAACGCUAAAGGACUGCCACCAGAUAUGAAGCAAGCUUUGAAGUACGCUAACAGGGCUUGUGAGCUGGGACACGUGUGGGGCUGCGCCAACGCAAGUCGUAUGUACAAACUCGGGGAUGGAACAGAAAAGGAUGAGAAUAAAGCAGAGGAGCUGAAGAAUCGAGCGAGGGAGCUGCAUGGUGAAGAGAAAAAAAGGCAGCUCAAAUUUGGGGAAUGAAUUUGACACUUGAUUAAAUUAUCAUUUGCCUACACGUCUUGUGUUUAGACAGGUUGUUUGUGGGGACAAGUGUACGCAUGCAUAAACUAAACCUGCUGAGGGGUCCAAAGGUAGGAGAUGAUAUGAUUAAAAUAAAAAGAAUGGUCCCGUUUGCCUUGUUUACAGUGUGUAGACAGUCAAAUUCAGGCAGCUGAACUUCAACUAACUGUAUUAGUGGAUUGAGCCAAAUAUAUAAAUAAUUUAAGAGUAAAACCAAUAAAAUUAGUUGUGAUUCAUGUGCUGUACUUUAUCAAUAAUGAUCAAUAAUGCCUUUGACCCAUUUGGCACAAGCUUAUAGGGUAAAAUGGCAGUUUGAAAUCACUGUACUGUCAUCAGAUUUCCGUACUUCUGGAUCAACCUUUAUACAUGGAUACAUAUUGAGUGAAUAUUAUUAGUUUGGUGUGAUGAAAUCUAAUUUAAUUUUAACAAAAAAUGUGGUU